AUGGAAGGAGACAGCCAGCUGACAAAGGCAGUGAAUUUUUGGAAGUUUGAGCAAUCGUCUGGUUGUGGUAGAAGAACUUAUUGCGUUUUUAGCCAACCAACUUUACAGGGGAAAAAUAAGGCACCACAUGAAUAUUCUUUUCGAUUUGCAAAUUUUUACUUCACUUUUCCAGAGAUAUAUACGAUGUAUGCCAAUCUCCCUCAUGUUCGUUCAUCUUGUCUCUUAAGGAGAAAUUUCGAUCAAGAUAGCUAUCAAUCAACACUUGGAUUGAUCUUGUCGUAUACAGGUUUCGAUUUUGGUGCAGAUCGCAAGUAA